UGGUAGCUAGCGUGCUAACAACAAGGCUCACUAGCUGACGUCGUUGCCUUACGCUGAGCAUCGAGUCACGUUAUCCCCGAUAAUCGAUGUCCGACCCGGUGUGAGAAGUCGGCGAGUACCGGUGAGAAGUCAGCUGGGAUAGACCCCUGCACACCUGCAACCCCUACUGACGAUAAGCGGUAGAUAAGUGGAUCGGAGGGGAGAGUCCGAGGAGUCGGGCGACGACGAGACCAGGAGGAAGAGCAUCAAUGGCGACAUGGAUCCAAAUCAGCCUCCCGCCACGAAUAAAGAAGAGUCUCCCGUUGACAUGGACACCAUCACCUUGGACCCGGAAGAGGAGGAUGUUGACCUCGUUCAUUGCCGUAUUGGAAAAAUUGAAGGACUGGAAGUGCUACAGAAAGCAAAAACCCUCUCCUUACGACAGAAUCUGAUUAAAAAAAUUGAAAAUCUUGACAGUUUGAGCUCACUGCGGGAACUCGAUUUGUACGACAAUCAAAUCCGCAAGUUGGAGAACCUGAACAAGCUCACACAGUUGGAGCAGCUGGAUGUGUCCUUCAACGUUCUGAGGAAGGUGGAAGGUUUGGAGCAGCUGACUCGGCUGAAGAAACUUUUUCUGCUUCACAACAAAAUCGGCAGCAUCGCCAACAUGGGGCACUUCCCCUGUCUGGAGAUGCUGGAGCUGGGCUCCAAUCGCAUUCGAGUUAUAGAGAACCUGGAUACACUAACGGCUUUGCAAAGCUUAUUCCUCGGCACCAAUAAAAUCACCAAGUUGCAGAAUAUGGACACUUUACACAGCCUGACUGUGUUAAGCAUUCAGAGUAAUCGGAUUACUAAAAUGGAGGGUUUACAGAACCUGGUCAGCCUGCGAGAGCUCUACCUGAGCCACAAUGGCAUCGAGGUCAUCGAGGGCUUGGAAAACAAUAAAAAGCUGACAACUCUGGACAUUGCAGCCAACAGAGUGAAGAAGAUUGAGAACAUCAGCCAUCUAACAGAACUGCAGGAGUUCUGGAUGAAUGACAACCAGAUCGACAACUGGUCAGAUCUGGAUGAGCUGAAGAACGCCCAAUCCCUGGAGACGGUCUACCUGGAGAGAAACCCGCUGCAGAAGGACCCGCAGUACCGGCGGAAGAUCAUGCUCGCGCUGCCAAGCGUGCGCCAGAUCGACGCCACCUUCAUCCGCUUUUAAAAAAUGCAGUACGGUAUACGCCGUCCACUUCAGUGUUUGCCCUUGCCAACCUGUGUGCCCCCCCCCCACACACACACACACCAUUCAUCACUCGAUCACUGAAUCGUCAUUUCUCUGUAUACAAAAUAUACAGUGCAACAUUAAAGUCAGCCACGGAUGCACUCAUUCACUACUCAAUCUGUGGUGUGGAAGCGUAUUUAUUUACAACUCUGGAAAUGAACUGUGAAAUAACAUCAAAUCCAUCACUUUCCUAUGACAUGUUUACCUUAUUUUUGAAGAAUUAAACGGCCCUUGCAUGUGGGCAAGGCAAGCCACAGUCGCCGAUGCACUUUUUCAUUGAAUAGGACAAACAGUCAAAUACAAAAUGAAAACACUCACAAAGGAGCUGCUGUAAGACACAACUCGCGUCCAAAUGCUCACAUGCAUAUUGACACCAGCUCCUCACUCACUAGGACAUGCCCCUUAAAGGCAUACAUCCAAAUUUUUUUUUUUUUGGUACAUUCUCUAUGUCUUUAUACAUUAAAGUGCUAUUUUUCUUCAUUUAAACCAUGUAACUGAAAGAUUGUGGCGGUUAUUUGGGACUGGAAGGGAUUAAUGGCAUUUCAAUCGGGAACAUUGAUUUGACAUAAGCAUGAAUUGCUUAUGUUAAUGACAUGUCAAUGCUUUAUGAAUGAAGUCAAGGUACCACUGUACUAAAGGUUUUUUUUUUAUCCUUCCUUUGCUUAAACCUGCUUUUCUUCCUUCCUUACCCCCUUCCACCUCAUACCUGCUUUUUCCUCUUUCCUUCCCUCCUACCGUCAUUCUUUUUCCUUGCUUCCUUCCAGCAGACCCGUUUUAUUUUAUUUUUUCCAUUUUGCAGCCUUCCUUACCUUGAAACUACUUUUCUUCCGUUCUGCCUUCCUUUCAUACCUGUCCAAUAAUGCUUUUAGAAUUCACUUUCUUUGUUGUUGGCUCAAUUUAUUUGCCAUUUGAGGUACUCAUACAAAACAAAACAAAUACAGGGAUACAAUAAUUGAGAAAAGUGGACAUCUACAUUUUGACCCACCACUGAAUAUCCUGUAGUUGAGCUUAUUCAAAAUACUCCCGAACUAGGUAUUAAACCUUGAAAUAUUAAAGUAUUAAAAGUGAAGUAUUAAAUCCUUGAAAACCUUAAAAUGCACCUCUUCAAACUUAUUUGCAAAUUUAAUUUUAGUUUUUUUUAACAUAAUUUACAGAAAAACGCGACGAAUGUCCCCCAGUCUCAUCUCAUACUCAUUUUACGACUAACCUCUCUGUCGUAAAAUAAAGCUUCUAAGAAUGUAACAUCUGUGUCUAUCUAGGACGGUAAAAUAAUAUUAUUUUUUUUUAUUAUUACUGAUCACAGCUUUGGUUCUUUUGCUUGUUCUGUUGUCAAAUUUGUUUGGAGCGUUUCACAAAGGUUUUUAAUGGUUUACCUCAAGCUUAGAGACCAGAUGACAAGUUUAUUAUAGAUGCUGCAGUGACACAUUCUGUAUUAUUGACAGUCGCACUCAACAACAACAAAAAAACUCUGUGUGGUUGUCUCUUGUAAAUAACUCAGAGCACUUGAUUUGAUCCACAUAUACAUUUUUAAAUUGUUGAUUAGACAUCAUUAAUAAAGGAACAGAUUUUUAGGUGGGAUUAAAAAGUUAUACACCUUUUGGAUUUUAUUUUACGCUUGGUUUUAAGGAAAUGGACACAUGGACUGAAAUAAUCUGUUUUGCCUGUGAACUGAGGUGAUUCAAAUCAAGUGAUUUUAAAUUGUCAUUGAAAGAGUAAUCUGAUAUGCUAUUUGUUGUUUAGAGAAUCUACAUCACAGGGUUUUUGGAUUUGAAAUGGAAUGUAUUAUGCAAACAACAAUAAAUGUAUAGUACUACUACUUA